AUGCUUUUUGCCAAUCAAGCUCAGCAGGUUCUUCGUGAUGGAGCCUCAGAAGAAAAGGGAGAGCGUGCCCGGCUCAUGAACAUCAUGGGGGCUGUUUCUGUGGCUGACAUCGUGAAGACCACGCUAGGCCCUAAAGGUAUGGAUAAAAUUCUUCAAGGAAUGGACCGUGCCCAGAGUGUGCGGGUAACGAAUGAUGGUGCCACAAUUCUCAAAUCUCUUUUUAUGGAUAACCCUGCCGCAAAAAUUCUUAUUGAUAUGAGUAAAACUCAGGAUGAUGAAGUUGGUGAUGGAACUACAAGUGUUACCGUGCUUGCUGGUGAACUUCUUCGAAAUGCUGAAAAAUUACUUGAUCAGUCUAUUCAUCCACAGACUAUUAUUGAAGGUUACCGUCUUGCUACACAGGUUGCUCGCGAAGCCCUUAUUGAAUCUGCAGAAGAUCAUGGUAAUGAUGAAAAAAUGUUUUACGAUGAUUUGCUCCGCAUUGCCAAGACUACCCUAAGCUCUAAGAUUAUUACUGUUGAGAAGGAUCAUUUUGCCAAACUUUGUGUGGAUGCUGUACUACGCCUAAAUGGAAGUGGUAAUCUUGAAAUGAUUAAUAUCAUGAAAAAACUUGGAGGAACACUUCGAGACAGCUAUCUUGAACCAGGAUUUUUACUCGAUAAGAAAAUUGGUGUUGGACAACCUCGUCAUCUUGAAAAUGCUAAAAUUUUGGUCGCCAAUACUCCAAUGGACACCGACAAAAUUAAAAUUUUUGGAGCCAAGGUUCGCGUUGAUAGUGUAGCGCAGCUUGCUGAAGUUGAAGCCUCAGAAAAGGAGAAAAUGAAAAACAAAUGCAUGAAAAUUAUUAAGCAUGAUAUUAAUUGUUUUAUUAAUCGUCAGCUAAUUUACAACUAUCCUGAGGAAAUUUUCGCUCAACAUGGUAUUAUGGCAAUCGAACAUGCCGAUUUUGAAGGAAUUGAACGUCUCGCUAAAGCUCUUGGAGCUGAUGUGGUAUCACAAUUUGAUGAAACUGCUGAUGUCAAGUACGGUUUUGCACAGAAGAUUGAUGAAGUUAUGAUUGGUGAAAAUACAGUUAUCCGAUUUUCUGGACUUCCAAAGGGUGAGGCUUGCACAAUUGUUGUUCGUGGUACAUCACAACAUAUUUUGGAUGAAGCUGAGCGAUCUAUUCAUGAUGCCAUUUGUGUUAUUGCCCAAACCGUCAACGAAACACGGACUGUAUUAGGUGCAGGUUGCUCCGAGUUUCUUAUGGCUCGUGCUGUUGAAGAAAAGGCUAAAACUACUCCUGGGAAAAAGCAAUUGGCAAUGAUGGCUUUCGCUAACUCACUUCGAACGAUACCAGCAAUUAUUGCUGAUAAUGCAGGUCUGGAUAGUAAUGAUCUCGUUACGCGAUUACAGGCUGAGCAUUACCAGGGUCAUAAAACCUACGGUAUUGACGUCAUUAAGGGUGAUGUGGCUGAUGUAAAGACUCUGGGUAUCACAGAGUCGUUUAAGGUAAAGAACUCUGUCUUGGGCUAUGCUGCAGAAGCGGCGGAAAUGAUUCUUCGUGUUGACGACGUUCUUCGUGCUGUUCCUCGUAAGAGGACUCAGUAA